UGGCAAUCGCUCCUGACAAGCAAUUGGAAUGGCGUCGAAGGCUUUCUGUGAUGAUUGCAGCCUCACGAGACAGGUCGGUGUUUCCCUAGUUUUUACCGAUAAUACGUCAUGUUAGUGUGGCUAUACUUUGUUCAGACACCUUUGUCGUAACUUUAAGCGGAGAAUGGCUGGUUCUUCUUUCCCGAAGUUCGUUAGCGAGCAAGCAAUAACUGGCAACCCGUUACUCUGUAAACGACUAUUCAGACAACACAUCAGCAAAGCGAAAAGUCUGCACAGCCGAAAUCUUGUAGGCCACUAUGGCUGUGUGAAUGCCAUAGAAUUCAGCAACAAUGGUGGACACUUGCUUGCUUCAGGUGGAGAUGACAGGCGUGUCCUACUCUGGAAUGUCCAGGAAGCACUGUCAUUGGACAAGAAGUUUGAGGUGAUGGUCGGGGAGCAUCAUUCCAACAUCUUUUCGCUGGCGUUUGACAGUCAAAAUAGCAGGAUAUACUCCGGAGGAAAUGAUGAUCAAGUUUUGGUCCAUGAUAUUCACAGGAAGGACACAUUGGAUGUAUUUCUUCAUGAAGAUGCCGUGUAUGGCCUUGCAGUUGAUCCAAGGGACAGCCAUAUCUUCACAAGUGCUUGUGCGGAUGGACGGGUCUUGCUGUGGGAUACAAGGGUUCCCAGCCACCAAGAACCAAUUGUGAUAGCCAGCUCCGAAACAGCUUUCUACGCUGUCGUAUAUCACCCCGUGGAACCCGAGUUCAUAGCUACGGCAAAUUCCAAAGAAGGAGUGGCACUCUGGGACUUACGAGUUCCUAAGAGCUGCCUCGUUCGCUAUGGUAGUACAUACACCCAACAGAGUGCUAUGAGCGUACGCUUCAACCAGCUGGGAACCAGACUAGUAGCACUACGCAGACGACUACCCCCUGUGGUGUACAACGUGCACAGUAGUGCUGCUGCUGUUCAGUUCAACCAUUCCGGCUAUUACAAUUCCUGCACCAUGAAGAGUUGCACUUUUGCUGGAGAUAAAGAUCAGUAUGUUCUAUCUGGAUCAGACGACUUCAACCUCUACAUGUGGGAGGUCCCUGAACCAAGUGAAGACGUGAUGUGGGUUGAUGAAGCGAAGCUGGUACUGCAAGGUCAUCGUUCCAUUGUCAAUCAAGUACGAUUCAAUGCCUUCACACACAACAUUGUCUCGUCAGGUGUGGAAAAAAUCAUCAAGCUGUGGAGUCCAUUCACUUUGCCUAACAUCAGGCCUGAUGAAGAUUCACCCCGGAGGAUGUUCUCCCACCAGCAGUACAUAGAUCUUGUCAUCAACAGUGGCUCAGCCCUGUCCCACGAUUACUCGGACCAGUCAAUGGAGGAGGAUCCCCGCAUGAUCGCUUUCUUUGAUUCCCUGGUUCAGCGUGAAAUCAACCGAAGCUUCAGCGACUCUGACGACAGCGACAUGAGUCCGGAGAGUUUGUACCUGCACUUUGCUGGCGAGGGUGACGAUAGCGAGGACAGCAGGGACUCGGAGAGUGGAUCCUCCAUCUCAUCAAUGCAUGCCACAGUUUUGAGCAGGCUGUUGAGGGAAAACGCCGACCCCAGCCCAACAUCUCAGCUGAGGACGUUGUGGAAUCUCACCACUUCUCCCCGAGACCAAGCAGCUGCUAAUGGUACAAAUGCAGCUGCAGACAGGAGCGACAGUAACAGCACGCCAGGUGAGGAAUCAAACAUACCAAGAAGAGCAGCUGAGCAAGAUCGGAACAGUGCUUCCGUGGAUGAGGUUGCUGGCUGUUCAAGACAUGACGAGUCAGUGGAAAAUGGCACUGCCAAGAGUAAUAAUCGGGACUCAGGGAAGACAGCAUCCUCCAAAAGGAAGCACAGCAGACACAGACCCAGCAGCUCCACAACCUCCCCAGAUCCGUCAAGUAGCGAUGAGGAUGUCAACUUUCAGGAGCUCAGGGCGAGGAGUCGACUCCUGCGACGAUUCCUGAUGAAGAAAAAGCGGAAAGGUGGAACAGAUGUGGACCGCAACCACCAAAGCUCAGAUCUGAUGCAUAAUGACCGAUUCAUCAACCUCAAGCAGCGGAUGGCCAUAUCCCGAGUGCUUAAGGGAAAGAUAGCCCGAUCAGAAGAUGGACUCAGUCGCCCUAGCACGAGAGAAGAAGACUUGAACCGCAUUACUGAGCACCUGCAGCAGAGGAGUAUGGCAUCCCACCAACGACUGGCAAUCAGCCGCAUGAGGCGUAGACUGCAACAGGAAAACAGCCUUGGCAUCGGGAAUUCACUAGGCGAGAGUAGCCAGACAGCACAGGAAUCUGUUACAAAUAACAGCAUGCCAGAUCAAAAUUAUGCUUCAUGCAGUACAGCGCAAUGUGAUCAUCAUCAAAGAACUCCCAAUAAUGACAGUUCCUCUAAUACUCUAAUCCAACCGACAAAUGCUGCAACAUCUUCAUCAGUCAUUAGGCCCGAAUUCGCGCACAGUUUGCCCUCAUUUUGUGCCAGCAGCACCAACAAUGUGUUGUUCAAUAGCCAGUCAUCGUUGGGUCUUAACUCAACUGGGGACAGUUCGGUUCUAGCCGGGUGCAGCAGCAGAGUGUCAUUUUCAAAUCAUCAGUCAGUUGGUUGUUCAUCAGAUCCCGCCACUUGUCAAACUCCAAAUGAGCUUGAUCAACAGUAUGACAGCCACCACCGGAACGAAUUCCACAAGUUUAGAAAUCAGACAGCAAGAGCGAAAAGGCGGUACAGAUCGCACAAGGAGAAAAAAGCUGCAGAUGAUUCAGACACAGAUUAGCAGAGGCUUGUCAAACGUUCAUAGCAAUUUUAUGUUUUCGCUGUAAUAGGCAUGGACUGUUGAGUCUUGCUUUUUUAUAUUAUCUGGGGAAAAGUAACUAAGCCAUACUCUUAGUCCCUCACUAUGGGUGCUGAGUGAUAAACAUCCAGGAGGUGGGACCAGUCCAAACUUUGUUGUACUGUUAGGAGACAUGGGCAUUGCAAAUUUUAAGUGGGAAGUCAGUGGUGAGCCUACAGCUGACUGGUGGAUUUUGCCUGGUUAUUCACAGUGUGUUAAAUUUGUCCUAAACACCAGGUAAAAUUGACCUUAGGGGUCAACUAAUGUUUGGGGCACAGACAAAACUAUAUGUAACGUCUGUGGCUAAUCAGUCACACACAAUCAAUUUUCCCAUUUCAGAAGAGCAGGCGAGCCUUUUUAGAGCUUUGGUUUAGAAUAACUGUAGAUAUAUACACAUUUUGUUUUUGGGUUCUGCCUGAUUAAGAUAAUCCCAUUAAAAAUCAUACCAUGAAGCCUUCAAGCCCCUACCCGGAAUGUGUCGAAUUUCCAUGAAGUACGCAAAUUAUUAGACACUGAUACUAAUCAUUCUUUAGACAGGAGGGGGGCACAGGUGCCAUGCUUACCCCCUAAAGGGGCCCAAACCAGGGUUUUUUAAUACAUUUAUAAUGAGGAGAUGGUGAUUUCAUGGGAUAUUUUGCCUUCUUCCGCAAUUGUACAUUCUUCUAUAUACAUGUAUGCAAAAACUAUUGGGCAUCCAUAUUAAGUUAAACGCAUUAAAUAGUAAACUUUUGUUAACAUUUCAAACUAUCCAUUCUUUCAUGGACAACUGAGGGGACUGUCGCUGUGAUUUCAUCUUGUGGCAGGUUUUUCUUUUCAUACUGUGAACCAAUACUUUACUCACAAGUUAAGAUUUCAGAGAAAGGGUUCAUUGCUUGUUUAUUACUAGUGAUCUACAAACACUAAAGUACCAAAGAAGAGGAAAUUGAGAAAUCUAGAAAGGAGUUUUCAUGCACAAACCAGUGUUACAUUGCAGUUUUCCUCUUUGGAUGACAUCACAGUUGCUCAUGAAUUUGAAAAUCAUUGGCAUACAAAAGAUCCUUUGAAACAGUGAAACAGGAAUUGAAAAUGAGGGUUUACUUUUCUCACAAGAGUGCAUAUUUGAGGUUUGCAUUGUAACAAAAUCAAUUGCAGCUACCCUGUGAGGUUCCCCCCCCCAAAGACACUGGAUCUGCUCCCUCCCCCGCCCGAAUGGUACCAGAUCCCCCCCCCCCCCGUAAAGAUACUGGUUCUGCCCUUGGUACCUGUCAUUGUGCAUUUGGCUCCAGCACACACUCAUUUUAUACGUGAACAAUUUUUAUGGUAUACAUGUACAUGUAUGUGCAAUGUGCAUCUACACAGGACCAUAUGGAGUUUUGCUGUAAGAAUUUUUCAAGUAAAUGCAUCGUUUUCUUAAAUUCAGCAAUUCUGUGGUGUAACUUAUCUGCAUCUUUUCUUCAUAGCGUCCUGUAGGAAAACCAAACCCAUUGCGCAUGUGACUCUUGUGUCCGUUGUUACCUCUUUACUGUCAGCGUGAAAUUGGGGGGAAAAAGUUUUAUUAGAAUCAAAGGCCUCUUCACAGUGAAACUCAACGGCUUGUAUUCUAGCAUAUUUAAUUUAUAUUUGUUUUAAAUAAUGUCUACUUGUAUGGUAAGUUCCUUUUGAAAUUUUUGAAACUAUAUACAUUGGGUGCCCACAAUUGUGGUUUUAAUUCACGUGUAAUGAAAUGACAAAUACAUGUAAUACUAUAAAUGAUAUAAUUAUGUAGUAAAAAGCUACGUCUACAUACACUGUACACGUAACGUGUAGUAGCUGUCCAACUGUUUCGUUUGAUAUCAAAUGAAUUUGGUGAUGUUGGUACUUUAAUUUUCCGGUUUAUCACCCUGUUUAUAGUAUAGUGCUUUACACGGUAUCCCUAAAUGCUGAGUCCUUUUACUCUGACCUCUUUGCUGAUAAUACAGAGAUAGUCUCAAGGGUGGAUGAGGGUAGCAGUGGAGGUCAUCCCCUCAAAAGAAACAAAAGUAAAUAAAUGAUUAAGAUAAAACUUAA